AUGUCUUCGUCAGAAGGUGCGCCGGAGUCAUGGAUCUCCUCUUUCUGUUCGUUAAUGGGCCAUGAGUUCUUUGCGGAAGUAUCCGAGGACUUCAUUGAGGAUGAUUUCAACUUGACUGGCUUGCAAUCGCAAGUCCCGAUGUACAAAGAGGCUCUUGAGAUGAUUCUUGACGUAGAGCCCGAAGAUGAUGAGGAGGAGGAAGAAGAAGAGGAAGAAGAAGAAGAUGACGAUGAUAUCCUUGGCGACCGACCGGCAUAUCGGAGGGCUGGUGACCGACGACACGCUCGCGUGGCUAGUGACCUAAGCGUGAUCGAGAGCUCUGCCGAGCUUCUUUAUGGAUUAAUCCACCAGCGAUAUAUCACUUCCAGGCCUGGUAUCCAACAAAUGCUUGAGAAAUAUGAAAUGCAGCACUUUGGUGUGUGCCCGCGCGUCAACUGCAAUGGGUGCAAGGUCCUCCCCGUCGGCCGGUCUGAUACCCCCGGCCAAGAGACAGUUAAGCUCUUCUGCCCCGGAUGCAUGGAUAUUUACACCCCGCCGAACAGUCGUUUCCACUCCGUCGACGGCGCCUUCUUUGGCACGACAUUUGGCUGCUUAUUCUUUAUGACGUUCCCAGAUCUAAGCAUUGGGCCACGUCUGGAUACUUCUCUAUCGUCCAUGUCCCGCAGUCAGACGCAGCUCGCCAACCGGUCCCCACCACCGCAGGUGCCGAACGAGCCCCCCACGCCUGAGGAGCAACCGCUGGAGAUUAAUGGCGUACAUGCGACGAACCUCUGUCCUGGCCUUGGACGUGGGAGGAUUUAUGACCCGAAAAUUUAUGGCUUCAAGGUUUCGGAAGUCUCACGAGUCGGACCACGUAUGAAAUGGCUGCGGAUGAGACCCCGGAAUCUGUACGACUUGGAUGAGACUCUGAACCAUGAUCAAAUGAUGGCGUACCGCGAUCGCCUGCGAGAGCACGAGGCACGUGAACGUGAAGCCGACAAGGAUGGUGAUGCAGAUAUGACCGCUCAGCGAUCCCAAGAAGCAGCGAUUGCGAACAGGAAGAAGGCACCAAUGCGGCGGCGACGACGAGUAGACGAGCCGGCGCCAUCAGACCAGAUGAGUGUUCAGGGUGCAUGA